AUGAGCUCCGUCCAACCGUCCCAGCAGGUCUCGAGACAGGCCACCAUGGAUCCCAGGAACGAAAUUAACCCGUUGAUGGAUCACUUCAUCGGCGUCGAUGUUGGUACUGGCAGUGCUAGAGCUUGCAUCAUCAACGAUAAAGGCGAUAUCGUUGGGUUGGCAUCUGAAAACAUCGGCCUCUGGCAGCCCCAGCAGGGGUACUAUGAGCAAUCGACCACCGAUAUCUGGAGAUGCAUUUGUAUAUGCGUCCAGCGAGCUAUCAGCCAGCACAACAUCAACCCUCUCUCCAUCAAGGGAAUCGGGUUUGAUGCUACCUGCUCCCUGGCUGUCUUUGCCCACGAUACUGGCGAACCCAUCUCUGUCACUGGGCCGAACUUCGAUACCGAACGCAACGUCAUCCUCUGGCUCGACCAUCGUCCCGUAGACGAGACUGAGAAGAUUAAUGCUACCGGCCACAACUUGCUCCGAUAUGUUGGAGGCAAGAUGUCCAUCGAGAUGGAGAUUCCAAAGGCCCUAUGGCUCAAAAACAACAUGCCAAAGGAGCUAUUUGACAGAUGCAAGUUCUACGACUUGGCUGACGCACUCACUCAUUUAGCCACUGGUAACGAAAAGAGGAGCUUCUGCAGCGUAGUCUGCAAACAGGGCUACGUCCCUGUCGGUGUUGAUGGCAGCAUCAAGGGGUGGCAGCCUGACUUCCUAAAUGCCAUCGGCUUGGAGGACCUGGCCGCUGAAAACUUCAAGCGCAUGGGUGGCGUAAACGGAGAGAACGGAGAAUAUUUAAGUGCUGGUGAGCUGGCUGGUGGGCUGUGUGAAUCUGCUGCUGCUGAACUGGGCCUCCCUGCUGGAAUUGCAGUUGGUAGUGGUGUCAUCGAUGCAUACGCAGGGUGGAUUGGAACCGUCGGCGCCAAAGUCGACUUGGACUCCGAUUUAUUGAGCGCUGAUGCCGCAAACAACGACAGAACUCAGGCAUUUACUCGUCUGGCUGCCGUGGCAGGUACCUCCACUUGCCACUUGGCUAUGUCCCCCAACCCCGUCUUUGUCCCCGGUGUCUGGGGCCCCUACCGUGACACCAUCAUCCCAGGCUUCUGGAUGGCAGAAGGAGGGCAGUCAGCUACCGGUGAACUGCUUAAACAUGUUAUUGAAACUCAUCCAGCCUUCAAUGAAGCACUCUCUGUUGCCGAGUCCUACAACACUAACAUUUACGAUUACCUGAACGAACGUCUGAGAGAGAUGGCAGCCGAAUCAAAGGCGCCCUCCAUUGCCUACCUUGGCCGCCACUUCUUUCUCUACGGGGAUCUGUUUGGAAACAGGUCCCCCAUUGCUGACGCGCAAAUGUCAGGCUCUGUUAUCGGUCUGUCCAGUGAUAAGUCUGUCAAUGGACUAUGUCUAUACUACUACGGCACUCUGGAAUCCAUUGCGCUGCAGACUCGCCAGAUUAUUGAGACAAUGAACAAGGCCGGCCACAAUAUUACCUCCAUCUUCAUGUCUGGUUCUCAAUGCCAAAACGACAUUCUAAUGGGCCUCAUAGCGUCAGCUUGCUCGAUGCCCGUUUUUGUCCCACGCUAUGUCCACGCUGCUGUAUGCCAUGGAGCUGCCAUGCUCGGAGCUAAAGCUGCCAGUGCUGACAAAGAUGGCAAGACUGAAGGCCUAUGGGAUAUUAUGGACCGAAUGAGCAAGCCUGGCAAAGCAGUUUACCCAACCAAGGACGAGCAUGAAAAGAAGCUGCUUGAGGUGAAGUACAAGGUUUUCCUGGAGCAAUGCUAUAAGCAGCAAGAAUACAGAUCAGAUGUGGACAAGGCCGUCGUGGGAUGGCAUUCUUCUUGA